AUUCCAUUCGACCAAAAGCAACAACGCCUUCCACAAGCCGUUCAUAUCGAUAGAGAUGAAGAUAUAGCCUCACCAAUGUCCGUAGAGAUCGACUGGAGCUUGUUGUCCGCGGUGACGAGCGGCGAGACGCUUGCCGACCGAUUACUCGUCGCUCUCAACAAGCAACUCGACAGCGCUUCACGUCCAUCUUACCUCGGUCCUAUCCAGGUCACCGAGUUUACGUUUGGUACGGUCGGUCCCGAUGUGGAGAUCAGGGAUAUCGGGGACGUAUGGAAGGUCUUUGAGGAGAACGAUGCCGAGUCAGAGGAUGAGCAUGCGGAUCAGUAUCCGAUACCGCACACGACCGGACCUGAUGGACCGCUGGCCGAUUCGUACGACGGGUUCGACGACCGGUGGGAUCAGGACGAUGAGACGACGAGCGUAUUGAGUGGGAUGUUAUCGCCUCGUGCUGCUAUGACGGGGAUGGGAGGAGCAGGAAUAGGGAUAGGAGCGGGGAUGGGAAUCAAUCUCGCAGCGGGGAUGUUGGGUCACGGUGGUGCAUCUCCGUUCAACGCCUCGCUCUACUCGCACUCCAGGACACAAUCUCACAAGGGUCCGAGAAAGAAUGGUAACCAUCGAAAUGGCUACGGCAAUCGAUAUCACCGGCACGCCAACCAAUACGACGAACGCGGUAGAUCCGCCUCUCACACCCCACCUCUCACGCUCAACUACACCCCUAUCGAGAUCCCCAUUCAACCUCCAGAACCAGAACCACAACCUCUCCCCUCAUUACAAUUUAUGGUCCAUAUCGACCAUCGUCCGAACAUGUGCAUCACCAUGAACACCACCCUCCAGAUCAACUACCCCUCGCCGAUGUUCAUGACCCUCCCCCUAAAACUCCGGAUAACGGGCUUCACCCUCUCAGCCGAUGUGGUCUUGGCGUUCAACGGACCUAAACGGCGAUUACACCUCUGUAUAGUCGACGAAGCCGACGCUUCUACACCUUCCCCUGCUCCUUCUUAUGCGCCGUCAGUCUCGCAGUACAUGUCCCCGGACUCUUCGUACCCCUCAACACCAGGUCCGGGGUUUAAUACGAACACGCGGUCAGGCCCGCAUGGGUUUCAAGAUCGGUACGAGCCGAGGUCGUUUGCUGGGGAACAGAGUAAACCGAUCGGGACGAGGCUUUUGCCGUCUUUGCAGGUGGAGAGCGAGAUAGGGCAGGCGGACGUACAUGCCCUGAGGAACGUGGGGAAGGUGGAGAAUUUCGUCUUGACGCUCGUCAGGAAGACGCUGGUGGAUGAGAUGGUCUUUCCGAACUAUCACACCAUCGCUUUGUAAGGCCCGAACUCGUGAGGACGAGUUGCGAGGCAAUGUUGUAUUAUAGGAAACGACUCUAUUGCAUGACGUCCUGGGCAUGCGAGAUGU